AUGGACAGUAUAUUAAAGGAAAGACUGUCAGUUAUAGACAGACUAAUAAGGAAAAUAAAAGAAGAAAAAGAAGUCAGAGUAACAGAUAUCUUAAAAGAGGAGAUUGACAGACUAAAAAGACUAAACACAGAAUAUGAAGAAGUACUCAGUAAGAAAAAAGUAAAAAGUAAAGAAGAAGUAAAGGGUAAUAAAGUAAAGUACACUCUAUCAGAUGGAUCCGUAUACGUAAUACAUAAGCAGAAGAAGUACAAGUACUUAUACGAUAUUAAUACGUCAAUAAUAACAUACGAAUUUGAAAAUGGUCAAAUAGAAAGAACAUUCCCAUUCGGUAUUAAAGAAAUAAGAAUGCCUGAUGGUAAGAUAGUAAUAAAAUCAUCAGAUAAGGAAUAUGAUAUAUUAUAACCCGAUAUAACCCUAAAUUAUAAUCUAUCAACUGUACU